CCGGGGCUGCGCGGUUUCCCACAGAAAGACGGAGGCCCGGUUGCUGGCUUUCCGCACCGGCAGCCUCCCGAGGUCUCGCUACGGGAAGCGUUGCCGCACUUCUGGCAAAGUUGGGAUGUAAGCAAGCUUCUAGGAGGCCACAGCGGCCUCCUAGAAACUGAGAAUACCUGCUCUGUAACUCUCCAGUCAAACCUUCAGGAAGAAUUGCUGGUGUACCGUUUUAUGCACCUGAAGAUUUAUGAUUGAAGCAGCUCGAUGCCCAGAUGUGGUUGUGGCACAAAUAGACCCCAAAAAAUUGAGAAAGAAGCAGACAGUAAGCAUUUCAUGUUUUCUUAGAUUUCUGGAUGUCAGCCUGCUCCUGAAGGAUACUCUCCAACGCUCAAGUGGCAGCAGCAGCAAGUGGCCCAUUUCUCAGCUGUUCGUCAGGUACAAAAUGAGUCUGAACAAGCACAGAAAUCACUGGCGGUCACAGCAUUUGGACAGUAAUGUUACUAUGCCAAAAUCAGAGGAUGAAGAAGGCUGGAAGAAAUUCUGCCUGGGUGAAAGAGUAUACUCAGAAACAGAUGCACUAUCUGAUAAUGAAAAUCUAGGAAUUGAUUACAUAAAGGUGGGCUUUCCCCCUUUGCUAAGUAUUGUAAGCAGAAUGAAUCAGGCAACAGUAACCAGUGUGUUAGAAUACCUGAUAAGCUGGUUUGGAGAGAAAAAAUUUACUCCAGAACUGGGUAGAUGGCUUUAUGCACUUUUGGCAUGUCUUGAAAAACCUUUGCUACCUGAAGCUCACUCCCUUAUUCGACAGCUGGCAAGACGAUGCUCAGAAGUCAGAGUACUAGAGGAGAACAGGAAUGAAGAACAAAUAUCAGCUCUGAACUUGAUAAUCUGCUUAGUUAGCAGGUACUUUGAUCAGCGUGACUUGGCUGAUGAACCUUCCUAGACUGCUUUGAGAAUACCAAGUAUUUUACGUUGCCAUAGUACAAACAGAAUUACCACAGUUAACAGCAAGACAGUGCGCUUCAGGUUCAGACCUGAAGUACUACAUAAGCCUUUCAGAACACCCUCAGGAUAAUGCAUUUGGGAUAGCUAUAAAUAACUUAAUCUGAGCUUCAGCAUGAGAUUGUCGAUGUCUGAUACCAUCAUCGUAAAAUGGUCAGUGAAAUGUCUGGCAUCAUCUCUCAAGCUCUUGUCUCUGUAAACUACUUUCUUGGUUAGAAAUUUCUACCACCCGAGUUAACUGUGGACACUGCUAUUAGGUGAAGUCUGAGGCUACAUUACAAUUUAUUGUUCUUUAUCUAACACACACCUAUUGAGGGCUUUUUUAAUAAAAAUGAAACAUUAAACACUGUGGCUUUUCUCAUUCUUCACACUAUUUAACAGCAGCCUUAACUAUAGAUAUCAUAAGCACUGCUAAGCAAUUCAACUAUAGCCAGUAAGUUACUGAAAUAAUUAUUUUUAGUAAAACAAACAUUAGUAUUUCCCAAGUAGUCAUAGUGGUUUUUAGUAAACAGUUGCAGAAACCAGUGAAAAUUACACAGCUGUAUUCAGUGCUUUUAAUAGAAACAUUAAUUACAUAGAAUGAACCAGCUUAUUUUUUGUAUGGUAUCUUGACAAAUAUAUUGGCUCACCUAUUUAUAUAUUUAAUUUAAUGUGGAGUGCUUUGCCAAGACUAU